CUCAGCUCAGUGAGUCGCCAUCGCUGCUGCGAUGCAGCCGCGCCACAUCCGCCGCUUCAUCCUGGCUUCAUGAGCUCGCCGUAAGUUUUUCCCACUCGCUCUCGCUCGCACUGGCAUUGAAGCUCUCGCUAUCGCGUUCAGUUUUGGCUGUGCCGCCAGCACCGACGAUCGUUUUCCACUCGCUCCAGUUCCAGUCAUUGUCACUGUCAGCAGCAAGAGCCGUCGCGUCGUUAUGUGUGUGUGCUUGCGCCUGUGUUAUUGUUGUUGUCGCCGUUUUUCUCGUUGUUGUUGUUGUUAUUGUGAUCGUUGCAUGUAAACCCCUUUGUCUGCGAUUAUCAUGUAUCGAAAUAAUGCGGAUAGCUCUUUUUGUUUCAUCAAUCGCUUGAACGGUGCCACCCACGAUGAACUGCAGCAGCCGGGCGAGCAUGAGCCGACAUCGGCGAUCCUCAGCUACUGCAAACGAAAGUUUCUGCGUCCGUAUGUGGCCAUACUGACGCUGGUUGGGCUUAAUCCCAUCUCCACGGACAUGAGCAAUGUGCGCGCCUGUUGCAGCUAUGUCCAGGCUCUGAUGGUGCUCUGUGUGCUCCUGGUGGGCUAUGUGCUGCGCUAUCUGUGCGGCUAUCGUGGAGAUCGUGGCUUCAGUAGCUAUCGGGACAUACGACCCGGUGGAUACGGCAAUAACAGCGAUGUUUGCGGCUCCUCCUCCGCCUCCAGCACGCCCAAUACCAUUGGUGAGCUGCUGUUUGGAUAUGUGGUGCCGAGUGCCCUGAACCUGCUGAGCUUUGUCUCCGCGGUGCUCGUCUGCAAGGUGAUCGAGCACGAGCAGCUCCAGAAUCUCAUUGAGCGUGUAUUUCUGCUCUCAGCCAAACCGAAACGCUUGUGCCGCAUGCUCUGGCUAUAUCUGGGCGUGGCACUGACACUUCUGCUGCUGCUCUUUGGCUACGCCUGCUGUGUAGUCAUCAUGCAGCCGGCACAGAUCAUUAAGAUAGCCUGGCUGGCCGAUGCACUGCGCGACUGGGAGCUGUGCCUGCGCAUCUGCCUGUUGUGCACCAUAUUGCUGCAGGACCUGGUGGAGAUAAUUGUGCUGAGCAGCUACUACAUUGAGUGCUAUUUGCUGCGCGUGCAUCUGGAGACCUUGUCGCACAAGCUGCUGAUGCACUCGAUCGACUCGCUGGACUGGAUGCGUGAGAUUCUCGAGUUUCGCAAGCUGCUGGAACGCGUCAACCAGCAUGUGUCCAUACCCGUGUGCUUUCUGAUUGUCAUGAAUCUGGCGUAUGCAUUUGCUGGACUCGUAUAUCUCUUCAAGGAUUUCGAUUUCCACUACUGCGCCUUGAAGCUGGUGCUAUUGAACAUUGCCAACGUCAUGUUGUGGCUAUUUUUGGGUCUGCUGCCAUUUUUUGUGGCCGGCUCCGUGACGCGUGUCUGCCAGAAUGCCCAGGCCAACGGUCAUCAGAUACGAGUGCGUCCAUUUGUAUAUCACAAUACCUCCGCCGAGGAUCUCAAUUCAACGCUGCUGUUCGCCUCCUCGCUGGACAUGUCCGCCAAGCUCUUUCGCAUGCCCAUCCAGUCCAACUAUCUGUGCUUUGCCAUACUCGUUGUGACCAUUGUGGUGCUCACGCUGGGCAUGUGCCUCAAUUUGAGUGCCCUGGGCAGGUUCUGAUACAGUGAACACUCGACAUGCAGCAGUUGACUUACAUAUUUUUACUUAUAGCUUUAAUAAAGAUUUAUGCAUAGUA